ACUUCCAAAGUUAAAAACAGACUUUGUUUAUCUUGCAGGCUGCUCGUUGAAAUGUGCUUCGAUUAGCCAUUUUCUUUCAAGCUGGUUGUUUUGACCGAAUAUUUCGAACACUGCGACUGGAGUGUUAUAGUAUUCAUUUGCAUGCCAUUUUGUAUCGAUUUUUUCUAGUGUUACAUUAUAUUGUCAUUGUAUCAUUGCGUGAGCAAAAGAACAAGAAUACGACGUCGAGUAGGGCUUAUAUUUAGCACGCGUUUUGUCCAAAUAUAAAUUUAAGAUACCAUUUUAGGUAUUGUUUGUUGAAUUUUUCAUUCGCUAAACCCGUCGCGAUCGCAGCUAUUUGACAGAACGUGCAAUAAAAAAUAAACAAACAAGCCUUUACAGAGCGCCAUGGCGACCGAAGUGGAGACUUGGUCCACCGCUCAGCAACACGAGGGCGUGUUUGCCCUGGACGGUGACAUGGCGGGCUACGACGAUGACCUGAACGACUGCGAGGUCAACGGCAACUGGACGCCCCAGGAGAAGGCCCUCCACGAGGCCCGCCUGAAGGCCAAGGCCAAGCGCCGGCUGCGCAAGUCUUCGUCCCGCAACUCCACCAGCGACUCGCUGUCGGAGUCGGGGGAGCUGCUGCCCGGCGGGGACAGCCCCAAGGGGAAGGUCAACGCCAACGACCGCAAGUCGCGCACCGGCAAAGGACGGGGCCUGCCCAAAAAAGGGGGGGCCGGUGGGAAAGGAGUGUGGGGGGCCGCCGGGAUGGUGUAUGAGGUGGAGGAGCCCGACGCAAAGGACCCCAACUACGACGAAGUGGCGCAGGGUGACACAGUGUACGCCACGGUGGUGCCGGAGUUGGACGAAAAGCUGCUGGAGAAGACGGUGAACCCCAUUGUCAAGGAGUACUUUGAACACGGAGACACUAAAGAAGUCCAGGCUUUGUUGAAGGGCCUAAACCUGGGUGCUCACAAGUUCGAGUUCUCCUCCCUGGCGCUGUGCCUCUCCCUGGAGGGCAAGGCCAGCCACCGCGAGCUCACGUCCCGCCUGCUGUCCGACCUGUUGGGCAAGGAGCUGUCCCAGGCCGACAUGGCCCGCGCCUUCGACAAGAUGCUGAAGGAGCUGCCUGAGCUCAUCCUGGACACCCCUGAGGCCCCCAAGAUGUUGGGACAGUUCCUGGCCCGAGCCAUAGCGGACCACGUGCUGCCUAUGGCGUUCCUCGACUGCUACAAGGGCAAGGUGGACUGUGUCCACGCCAGGGCGGCGUUGGACCGCGCUGCCGUGCUGCUGUCCAUGAAGCGGGAGAUAGUACGGCUAGACAACGUUUGGGGUGUGGGCGGUGGGCUGCGGCCGGUCAAGCAUCUCGUCAAGGAGAUGAUCCUCCUGUUGAAGGAGUACCUGGUGUCUGGGGAGGUGUCGGAGGCAGAGCGAUGCCUCAAGGACCUGGAAGUUCCCCACUUCCACCACGAGCUAGUCUACGAGGCUAUAGUGAUGGUGCUGGAGUCCAAAGGGGACACCGCCAUCCAUAUGAUGAUGAAGCUCCUGCAGUCCUUCUGGAAGUCGGGCCUCAUCACCGUGGACCAGAUGAACCGGGGUUUCCAGCGUGUGUACGACGAGCUGCCAGAGAUCUGCCUGGACGUCCCCCACGCCCACUCCAUCAUGGAGACCUUCGUGGAUCUGUGUUACCAGGAGUCUGUCAUCACCAAACAUCUCAGAGACACCUGUCCAUCAAGAGGUCGAAAGCGUUUUGUCAGCGAGGGAGACGGGGGAUUGGUCAAGAACUGAUGAAGAGCAGAGCGGGAGGAGCAAGGGAGAAGGCACGCGGCGCCUCACUCCCUCACUCUUCGAUCCACUCCACUCAUUUCGUUAUCUGAAUCUGCCCGUUCACCGGCCUGCUAGUUUACCUUGCUGUACCUUUUGUUGUCAACUCCACACAUUCACACCAGCAUCGGAACGUAGGAGUAGACGACAUGAGGCCGAGAAAGCCCAGUUCCCUUCAUCUGUUGAUUUAAAUGAAAAUUGUAAAAAGUAUUCAUGACUGCCGGAGGUUAACUUAAACUGUUAAGGUUAGGUUUUUCUGCGCCUUAGGCUUUGUACAAUACCCGGAAGGAUUUGAUUUCAGACAGGGAAAGGUGGGCACGUUGGUUCCUUCAGGGUGCGUUUUUAUUUUAUUUUUCCAUUAAUUUGGUGCUUUGAGUCUUUCUCGUGCUCUACCUUGGAAUUUGUACGUCCCUGUUAAUAAUUUGGAUUCUGAUUGUAUUGCAGAACGAAAAGCACUUGGAAAAGCAUAUAGUACUUCGUAGCAGAGCUCAGCAACAGCAGCACCCAGUCUUUAAUUAUUUGGCUGCAAAUGUAUGAUUUCAAUCUAAAGUACAUGCUUUCAUUUGUCUAUUUGUUGUUGUACUGGGAUUUUUCUUUUGCAGGGUUUUCUCUGUUCCUUGUCCCUGUCGCAGCAUAUUAAGGCCCCUUGUUCCAAAUGAAAAGCACUCGACAAAAAAAAGCAUUUUGUGUACCGUUUCAAUAUUCAUAUGAUACUCUGUUCAGGGCAUCUGAACUGGCCCAUUGCUUUGCCAGGGGAGUAAGUCAAUUGGGGUUGGUUCUUUUUGUAAAUUGGAAAUCCGUAACCUGUGAUUGACUAUUGUAAUAGGCACUUAACUAGGCAGGCGUAUGGAGAUGUCACACAGUGUUAGGAAAUUCUGAAACCCCAAUGAAUGGCUAAUCUUAGGUUUGGUAUCUGGUUGUCCUGGUCUUAAAAGGAAUGUUAAAUUUCUACUAAAAGUGUCCAUAAAAACUACGCCCUGGUUUAUAUCUUGCUAUGGAGACUUUGUUGAUGUAUGUUCCAGACUGCGUUUAUACAGUGUUUGUGGGUAUAAUUUCACAUGUUGACCAAAGUAAGGGAUAUGGAACACAAUAUAUUACAUUCAUUAAAAAAAUAUCUAAA